AUGUUCCAGCUCUCAGAGGAAUCCAAGGAGCGCAUCGCCCGCAUCAUCGAUGUCUCACGCGUCGCGAUCCACUACGGCUACCUCCCGUUGAUCCUCUAUCUCGGAUACUCUCGCAGCGAGCCGAGGCCGUCGCUCAUCCGACUCUUCUCUCCUCUUGCAUAA